AUGAAGAAGUUUACAAUUAAAGGCGUGCUCGACGGGUUCCGAUCAUCGGUACCGCAACCCGUCAAACCUGAUCAGGAAAUCGUCGAAAAUUUACGGCCAGAACAUUUUCAAGUAAAGAAGACAUUCAGACAUGGCUUUCCACAUCAGCCGACAGCAGUGGCAUUCGAUCCAGUUCAAAGACUUCUUGCUAUUGGCACUAAAUCUGGAUCUCUUAGGAUUUUGGGUCGACCAGGUGUAGAUGCACAUGUAAGACACGAAGGAUGUACAGCAGUGGUACAAUUACAGUUUUUAAUCAACGAGGGAGCAUUGGUUUCCGCUACCGCAGAUGACACUUUGCAUCUAUGGAAUUUCCGACAGAAAAUACCACAGGUUGUGCAGAGUCUCAAAUUUCAAAGAGAAAGAAUAACAUGCAUCCACUUACCGCUACAAAGUAAAUGGUUAUAUGUCGGUACGGAACGGGGGAAUAUUCAUGUGCUUCAUAUCGAGACGUUUGUUCUUUCUGGAUAUGUAAUUAAUUGGAACAAGGCUAUCGAAGUAUCUAGAAAGACCCAUCCUGGUGCUGUAGUACACUUGAGUGAUAAUCCUUUAGAUUUGAGCAAGAUGCUGAUAGGAUAUGAGUCGGGACAAAUGGUUUUUUGGGAUUUAAAAACAAAAAAUGCAGAAUACAGAUGCCACAGUGACGUACCUUUGAAAUCGAUAUCUUGGCAUCACGAGGGUAAACAGUUUAUGUGUAGUCAUACUGAUGGUUCUUUGGCAACAUGGACGGUGCGUCAAGUAAAGCCAACGAAUAUAACGCACCCACAUGCGAAAACUACUAAAGAUGGCGAGCCAGAACCUUGCAAACCAAUUCAAAAAGUUGAAUGGAAGCUGUCAAGAUCAGGGGAAGCAUACGUUAUAUUUUCCGGUGGUUUAGCGUAUGACACAACUGGCCGAACUCCAAGUAUAACGGUGAUACAUGGGAAAACUACCACCGUACUAGAAAUGGAACACAAUGUGAUAGACUUCAUAACACUGUGCGAAAAUCCAUGGACCAGUGAUUAUCAAGAUCCGUAUGCUGUUGUAGUUCUACUACAAAAUGACUUGGUUGUGAUAGAUUUAUUAACUCCUGGAUUUCCGUGUUUUGAAAAUCCAUAUCCGAUGGACAUACACGAGUCACCUGUGACAUGCUGUGCGUAUUUUGCUGACUGUCCUUCGGAUCUAGUACCAGCUUUUUAUUCAGUCGGAUCAAAGUCUCAAAAAAAGACAGGGUUUAGCGAAAAGGAUUGGCCAAUAUCCGGUGGGGAAUGGAGCUCAAGCUCAAGCGGAUACAAUGAAAUUAUUUUAACUGGACACGCUGAUGGUAGCAUAAAGUUUUGGGAUGCAUCGGCAGGCACAUUACAAGUGCUUUAUAAACUGAAGACAGCGAAACUUUUUGAAAAAGGUAGAACACGUAGUAUAGACUCGGAAGAAGAUCCUUUAGCGAUACAACUCAUCUUCCUUUGUCCCGAAAGUCGAAAAUUAGCGAUUGCGGGUAGCGGAAGACACGUUGUUUUAUUUAAAUUCAAAAAAGUUGAGAGUAUGUCGGAAGUCGUGACUUUGGAGAUAUCACUAACAGCUGAUCCAGCUAAGGAAAUCGAAAGUUCAUCCGACCAUGAUUCUCCAGCUGGUAAUACUUCGGGAAGUAGCGAGUCAAAAAAUAACGAAUCGAAUCAACCACUUAAAGUUAAGACUGGUUUACAGAAGAGGGCUGCAGGCUUUCAGGCAACCCUGGUUUGCUUAACGAUUGCCAAUAUCGGAGAACAAGCUGAAAAUAUAACAGCUCUCAGUUUGAAUUCUUCCUAUGGUUUAAUGGCUUAUGGGAACGAGUCUGGUAUAGUGAUAAUAGACAUUGUUCAGAAGAUUUCUUUGAUUGUGUUGAACACCGCGGAUAUCGGUGGUAACACGGACCCGUGUCAGCGAGUACUACGCAGUCCGAAACGUCAGGAUGAAUUGAAACGAGAGAACGAAGACAAAGCGAGAAGUCCUAGCACAGACCAGACUCAUGGAGACUCUACCGUGGAAUCUGAAGGCUUAUUAGCAAUCCUAGCUGACAAUGUUCAACAUUCGCAACCUCGCGGUGAAUUUCAUACUGGAAGCAAGAAUGAGAAAGGAACAGUAGAGGAAUCUGUAAAUGAAACCAAUAAAUCUGGAGGCACAGUGAACGAAGAAGACUGUACUAAGAAUCACGGUUGGAAGGGAUUCAGUCUGAAGAGGCAACUCAGCAAGGUUGAUCUGAAAAUAAAAAGUACUUUCACGCCGACUUUGGUGACGUCUCAGAAUGGGGUAGGCACUGAUAGUAGCAGUCAGAAAUCUUCCGUUUUUUACUGUAACAUACCCGAAAACGCGAGUUCGCUGUCUCCAGUUGAAAGUACCGUGUCCGAAUCUUCAUUGUCAUCAGAAGGCUCGAUACCUGGACGUGAAAGUCCAUUAAACGAUGAUAAAAAGAGGAACAAUCAAGAAGCGAAAAGUCCGGUGAUCGAAGGAGAUAAAAAUAAAUCGAUUUUACGAUUUUCCACUGACAAUGAGAACGUUAUUGAGAAAUCGGAUGCCGUACGGCCGGUUAAUUUAACGUUAGCCGAGAGCUGUGAAAUGAAACCACCGAGACUGAUGAAAAUCGUGAAGAUGAAGCAAGCGAAAAGGGAAGGUCGUUUAUUAUCUGUACCGAAUUUAAAAUUUGCGAAAAACGAUCCAGCGAUUUGUGACCUAAGAUGCGAGGAAACAAACACGGCCUCCGAAUCUUUCACCUGCAAUCUAAUAAGAAGAUUCAGUCGGGUAGACAAAUAUGACAGUUCGUUUCAACGAUCAAGAAGCUCGAGCAUGUCGUCGCUCGAGAAUAUCACCACAGAAACCAUCAGCUGCCUUACAUUCGCAGAUUCCUACACGAAAAAGAGCGAUACCAGUCCUGUGCCAACACUUUGGAUCGGUACAUCCUUAGGAUCUAUACAAACGGUGAUAUUUAAUACACCUGCUCGUGGAGAACGACACGCUCAUCCAGUCGUUGUUUCUACCUGCAAUGGAUCUACGUUUAAGUUAAAGGGAUGUAUUCUAUCAAUGUUCUUCUUAGAUUGUAAUGGUGCCCUGAUUCCAUACUCUUACGAGUCCUGGAAAGACGACAGUAUGGAGAGUAAAGAACGCAAUAGAAGUCAAGGCAAAUGUAAUAGUCGAACGUCUUCUCCAUCGAUGAACACUCAAGUAGCUACAGGAGAGGGCUUCGAAGACCGCCAAUUCGUUGUAUUAGCGUCAGAAAAACAAGCGAGGGUUGUAGCAUUACCCUCGCAAAAUUGUCAGUACAGACAACAACUGGCUGAAAGUCAUAUUGUGAUUAAAGCAGAGAUUACGUCUUUGAAAGACAAUGUCUGUCUUGUAUGUUACAUUUCAAAUGGUCACAUAACUACUUAUAGUUUGCCAAGUCUGAGGCCGCUUAUAGACGUCGAUUUUCUACCGCUUAUAGAUUUGAGUUUUCAGACUACAAAACAUGGCAUUGUAGACCCCAUGUUGUCCAUAUGGGGUCAUCAACUCUUUGUUAAUGGCGAUACCGAUCAAAUUGCAAAGACACUUUGCUUCAGCAAUAGGGGCCAUGGCUUAUAUCUCUCGUCGCCCACUGAGAUCCAAAAGUUUUCUGUAUCCAGUCAAUUUUGUGGUGAAUUAACUGAAAUGAUGGGAGACUUGUUUACCGGUCACGAUAUGCCUGAACCACCUAAAGAAAGUUUCUUCAAAGGCCUCUUCGGCGGAGGAUCACGAAGCCUUGAUAGAGAAGAGCUAUUUGGUGAAUCAAGCGGUCGAGCUUCCCGUACGGUUGCAAAACAUAUACCAGGACCGAACGCAGCAACGGAAAAUAUGCGAGAACGUGUGACAACAGCGACGGGAGAAGUAAACGUGGCUCAUCAAAUGGUUCUCGAGCGAGGUGAGAAGUUGUCACAAUUGGAGGAGCGAACAGGACGCAUGAUGUCCGAAGCUGAGGGUUUCUCGCAAUCUGCUCACGGAUUGAUGCUCAAGUACAAAGACAAGAAAUGGUAUCAGCUAUGAGAACGUCGUCCGAGUUCUAUCCAAAUAUGGAAUAGCGUACAAUUAUACUGUAAUUUAGCGUUCACAUUUCACCUAUAAGUUCUGUCGUACCAAAUAGGAGAACGUAACUAAAACUCGACAAUUAAGUAAUUGCGAACUUUACACGCACACACAGGAAACAUGUUACAUGAUAAAGAGUGAGAGCUGUAUUCGAAUAUGUAUGUGUGUGUAGUUGACUCAAGCGUGUCGACGCGUCUUGAAUGCGUGAGUGUGCGCGUGUCUGUUUCAAAGACGAGGCGAGAAAGAAAGCGAGAGAGGAUGAGAGAAAGAGAGCGGGAUAAGAGUAAAGGAAACAUAUAUGAGAUACUUUUACAAGCAGGUAAUACACACGCACAUCUUUCAGCAAAGAAUAUAAAAAAACGUCGUAUAUACACGUAUAAACACAAGUAAGAUUAAAUAUAUAUAUAUAUAAAUAUAUAUAUAUAUAUAUAUGCGCGAUUUCGAACAUGUGUAAUAACCUCUAUAUACAUACACAUACACAUAACGUAUAACGCGACAAAUGAAUGAUAUGCACGAAACAUGUGAACCAAAUAGUAAAACCCAGGAAAAGUGAGGUGGCCACUAUUAAAAUUAAACAAAUUGUUAGUUCAUAUAGGUUAUAUAAGAUAUAAAAAAAUAAGUAUUUAGACAAAUAUAGGAAACUGAUUCAACUACGUGCGAGUCAAUACAUAUAAUUAUGUAAUAAUUCGCCUUUUAACCGAUCGGUCCCGUUAAUCCAUUCGGACGUCCUGUAACAUUAAAUCGUUCCCGUGAACCGGUACCUUGUCUUUGUUUGUUCCUCCUUCGCAAACAAAACAAAACUUUGCAAAACAAAACUCCUUUGCAAAAAAUAUAUAUGUAUGUCACAAAAAUAUCUGCCCAUCGGAAUACAUAUCUGAUAUUUAAUUUUUUAAAUAUAAUUGUUUAGUAUAUAUAUAUUUUUUUAUUUUAUUUUCAAACAAUUAGUCCAUUACUAUGAAAUAAACUAAUAAAUAUUUGCUGAAAGUAGACUCUGAAUUAUUUUCUUUUCUUUACUAAUAUGUAAUUUUAUUCAAAGUAUAUCAUAUACGUAACAUGGUCGGAUGCUUUUGUGACUAACUAUACCUACAUAUGUACUUAUAUACAUAUGCAUAUUUAAAAGAAAACAACCAAAGCAGAUGCACGAACAACUCAUCAACGCUAAAAAUCCAAAUCAGAAAGUUUGAACAAGACCCUGUUGUUGAAGGUGCAGCGACGUUGUUCCGAAUGUAUUGACAAUAAAGAUAAUUAAUUAAUUGAGAUAAUAGCGUACUGAAUAAACGUUGAAUGCAGUGUAAUAUAUAAUUUAUCCACGAUGUCAGAUAUUCGGGCUCGUACUAUUCUCGUCUAUAAUAGACCUGUUGUGUCGUCGCAUCGUUGAUAAGUUGUAUAUUAGUUGUUAUUAUAAUUGUAGUUAUCGCUAGAUAUGCUAUGUACAUAAAGGAACAAAUGCAGUAGGAAAAGUAUUAUACGUUAAAACAAAGAGCUGUUUGUAUAAUAACGUGUUGUAAGUUACGCUAUUUCAGCGUGAAUGAUGAAUUCAAUUGAAUUUAUGGUAUAUAACGACGAGAACGAAAGAGAGCUACUGUAAUUUUAAAAAUUAUACGUAGAUUAGAUUACUUAAAGACAAUAUAUAAUAUACAUAUACGUACGUACGAGCUGUAUGUAUGUAUGUAUGUAUGUAUGUAUGUAUAAGUUCAUUUGAAUUUAUCGAGGCUCUGAAUCGUCGUACUGCUUCCAUAGCAAUAAUUGUAUAGUUGAUGUUAAUGGUACUAAUCACCUGCAUAAAACUAUAUUAUAAUGUGUCUUGCAGAGAAUUAAUUAGAUCGCAAUUUCUUCGAGUUAAGUCAACAUUUUCUUGAUAUAAUUUUCCUCGGACAAUAUACGCAAGCAGAGGUUUACUGGUAAACUUUUAACCGCCAUAAUACCUUUUGUCACGAGAUGUAUCUGUUAUCGAGUGAUUACUACUGUUGUGGUCCACGACAAAACAGGGUGGACUUGUUCGAAAAUAUCGUUGUAACACCCAUACAAAAAGUUUCUCGAAUUUUGGGAUUGUGAUAUACAUAUAUACAAGUAUAACGUACACAAGAGAACCGAGAAUUAAUCUACUUUAAUUUAUUUAACUUAUUAACUGAUAUCUUUUUUCGCGGCAGCUCUUAUUGUCUUAGUAUCGGUAGUAUUCGAAGUCAAACAACUCGAUACACCACAGAUCUUCUAAAAAUAUAAAAAGAAAAAAGUAAUCGCUAUCGUAUGGUGAUAUAUUAACAUAAACAAAGCUAACAAGUGUGUUGAUAUCCUAUAAGAGAGAAAGAAGAGAAACCAAUAGUGUAUUAUGCGGAUAAAAAAAAUAUCCUUCUCGGAUCUUUUGUGAAAGUGACGAAAAGUUGUUUACUGCUCUAACAAUAGAAUAGUAGUUAAAUGUAUAAUAGUUGCAAACAAGAAACAGAAGAUACAUUAUUACUUAAGUGUUUGAUAAUAUAACAUAUUCUAACACUUGUUGUAUAAAGACUAUUGUUUAGGUGAUUCUGAAUUAUUUAUCAUAUCAAACAGGUUGAGAUGUGUUUGAAAAUAAUUUAUUGUAAUAAGGGGAGUAUUUAAAAUUAGAACAAAGAAAAAUAUAACAAACGAGUAAAGAUAAUUAUUAAUUGGAAGUUCUAUUUAACCUUUAUCUAUAAUAUUUCGUUCCGCUUCUCAAACAAUAGAUUAACCAGAAAAUACAAUUUACUAUACAUAUACUUCAUCGGUCAAAUUAUUUUCAUACACAAACACAAUUGCAAGGCUAGUUAACUUUUUUUAUUGCUCGAUUAAGUUUAAGAUCCAACUCGCGAUACAAAAUGAUUGUUCCCCUUUUCGAUGAAAGGAACAUUGUUUCGCAGAUAUCUGUACUUAAUUUUAGAAAUCGAUCCAAUGUUUCAGCUAUUUGAGGAACUUGAUUUUCACAAGAAAGUAAGCCCGAUCAUCUUGUAACGUACAUUACAUAUACAUACAUAGAUAUUUAUUCGUUCUGUUUGGAUAUGUUCGAACGACCGGUAGCUACCUCUCCUACUCGCUACACUCUUUGUAUCGAAUGUUCAUCGGCUAUUCUGUCUAACCUAUUUCAACGCUGUGGCCUGAAUCUGUAAAUCUAAUAUUGUACAUGAAAUUUUGUCCUUAGAUGCAGCGAAAUAUCUAAUACUCUCGAUUUAUACUAUUACUAAUCUAGUACAAUUCUUAUUUUUCAAGAAAUAUAAUACCAUGUUAUUGUAAAAGUACUGCCUCAAGGACAGACUGUAUCUUGGCUCCGAUUAAUAAAUGAGUUUGAACCAAA